UCCAUCCUUUCAUCCCCCAGCUUGUACUACUGACAGUGGAAGUUGCCACAACCCAGGUGCAAGACCUUACAUUAUUUGGCUCUGUUGAACCUCCUGAUGUUCUCUUGGGCCCACUGCUCAAGCCUAUACAGGUUGCUCAUGCAAAAGUAGUAAAUGCUGAUUUCACAAUCUGAGAAUUUUUUGUGAAAGGGGAACCACACUUGCAGUCAUUGAUCAGUAUAGAAAAGACAGAGUUACACUCUAAAUAUGAAUCUAAAAUUAACUUAGUUCAGAAACAGAUGACAAACCAAACACAGUAGAAGUUGCUUCAAAGUAUUUGGAAAAGGUGGGGAAAACCCUUGGCUUCUGAACUGAAAUCACAAGCAAAAAUAUGCAUAUUUAAGCGUGAACUAUUACAACAGUUAUUACUACAACAAACCACUUGCUGUUCCUCUCUUCUGAACUCACUUGUCUUUGGAUGGAUUAUUCAUACAGGCCCCUCAAAGAAAGACACUGAGGCUCUGGAAUGUGUCCAAAGAAUGGCAUCAAAGCUGGAUGCUGUCAGAAGGUUACCUUUACAGAAUUGCCUACCUCUGUGAAGACUCUGAGCUCUGCACCAAUCAAGCAGUGGAGGAAAUGGUGUAUGAAAUGAGGGCCAUUAAUUGUUCCUCCAGGGAUGAAGCACAAGGAAAAAGCCUCCUUCAGAGAUGCAGAUCUGCUGGCAAAUGCAUUUCUUCAAUUCACUCCAGAGGUAGCAAACAUAGCAGAAGGCAGAAAGACAAACUCCAACAGCCCAUGCAGCACUCACUGCCUGAAGGGCAGGCAUCUCCAGCUAUGGAUGUCUCUGAAGGGCUGGCAAGAAGAGACACCUACCUGGUUCCAUCCUCCUGCAAAAGCAUUUGCAAGAACUACAAUGAUUUGCACAUAGCUGGGGACUGCGUGGUGCCUAUUAGCUCAGUGGCAACCGAUUUUACCUGUGACAGUGGCAUAGGCCCCUUCCUGGAGUCCUCAGAGAUUCCUCCACCUAUGGAGUCCAUGCGGGUCCCCCCCAGCGAGACAGGCCGCAAGCAGGCUCAAGGCUUCUCAUCAUGCUGGCGUGUGGCAAGCUUGGUGCCGCACCAGCAGCCCCUCUCUGACUCAGCCCUCAACGACUACCUGGAGCAGAAGCUGAUGGAGCUGUACAAGCAGUACAUCAUGGACAGCACAGCCAACAGGGCAUCCCCCACACAGAUCCUGGCCUCAGAGCUCAUCAUGACUAAUGUAGACCAAAUCAGCACACAGAUAUCACGAGAGAGGAAAAUGGAGACCACCAAGGCCAAGGACAUUGUCAUCAGCCGCUUCUUGCAAAUAGCCAGUGAACAAAUAUUCUCAGAAAUUAGCACACCCAGUCUGCAUAUUUCCCAGUAUAGCAACACUAAUGCAUAGUAUUAGAAUGUCUGCAGCUAGAAAGCUCUUACAUUCUGAAAACUCAAUUUUUAGUUUCUUUCAAGGCAUCUUUCUGCUUCAUAUAAAUUUAUUUUCUGUCUACCAGUUAAACCUUCCAGCACAUAUUAAGUAAAAAUAUCUGUACUGCACAAAUGUCCCUCUAUCACGUGCUAGAUGGUAUAUAGUUAAAAAAAAAAAAAAAAAAAAAAAAAAGUAUUCCCAAAGACUUAUUUCAAUGAGCCAUAGAUAUUAAAAAUAUUUUGGUAGAAAAAUGACUAGGAAUGUAUGACACUCUUCCAGGUGUUCUCCUUAUUCCCCCUUACCUGACAUCUCAUUUCAACCUUCCUUCCCUGAAAUCUGCCCUACUACCUGAGGGCCUGCAAGAAGCUAUCACUUACAACACUGAAAGCACGGGGAUUGCACAGCCACAGAAACAGAGAAUUUAGUCUGGCCCACCUCCUGCCCCAAACAGCUUCACUUAUGUCACCCCUUCAUGUGUUUUUAUAAAUCAUUUGUUCCUAAUGUUAUCAAAUGAUAGACACUUCAGAGUUUAUUCUAUACUAAUUCUAAUUAUUCUAUUGGUGUCUUCCUAUUAAAACAUUUCUGCAAGCAAAAACUCUUUCCAGACAGACAUCAUCAGUGGGAGCAUGCAUGUGUAGCUGCACUGUAUGAACUGAACUUCUACGGUGGAUGCUGGUGACCUAUGCCAGACAGAUACCAUAUUGGUCAACAGCCUACAGGCCUGCAUCUGUGGAGUGGCCACAUGGGACAGUGGUGAUAAUAAAAUGAAUUCUACUUCAUCUUCGCCUCUUUUUAGGAGAAUUCCAAAUUGAAAAAUAAAGGCUAAGUCAAAGCCUCAGUGAUUAGUGUGAACAACUCCUUUGACCUUUGGUCAAGGUCAGCUGAACCUAAUAUAUUUCUAAUAGAAAGGUCCUUUUCUGUAAAACUUCAGCUCUUAAGAAGAAGAAAAUAGUAAUUUGCUGCCUCAUGGACAAGGAUGGUUACCUGAUUUGAUAUGUAAACACACUGGCAAUGCCAAUCCAUGAUUGGCUGAAUUUCCAAAUGUAAGUAUAAUGUAAAUACUAAUUUAUAAUAAAUAUUCAUCAGAUAUUUUUAUGUCAGUGAUUCAACUCUGUUGUUUUGUGUCUUUU